GCCUUGUGCCUUGUCCAGUGCUCACCGGCAGGCCAGCUGUACUACUAUAAACACAAGCAGCUGCAGUUGCAGCACGAGCUAGUUACUAGGAAGUAGUAACGCAGCCAUGGCAAGCAGUACCGUCGCCCUCCCCACCACUCCACCAAGAAAGUUGCAGGGAAAGGUGGCCAUGAUCACUGGCGGGGCGAGCGGGAUCGGCGAGCGCACGGUGCGGCUGUUCGUGGAGCACGGCGCCCGCGUCGUGGUGGCCGACAUCCAGGACGAGGCCGGCGCGCGCGUCUGCGCCGACGUUGGCGCGGGCGCCGCCAGCUACUUCCACUGCGACGUGACCAGCGAGGACGACGUCGCUGCCGCGGUGGACCACGCCGUGGCGACGUUCGGAGCGCUGGAUAUCAUGUUCAACAAUGCUGGCGUCAGCGGGCCGGCGUGCUACAGCGUCCGGGACAGCGGCAAGGCUGACUUCGAGCGCGUGCUGGCCGUGAACCUGGUGGGCCCGUUCCUCGGCACCAAGCACGCGGCGCGGGUGAUGGUACCCGCGCGCCGCGGCGGCUGCAUCAUAGGGACGUCCAGCGUGGCGGCGGCCGUGACCGGCGCGUCCUCGUACGCGUACGCGUGCGCGAAGCGCGCGCUCGUGGCGCUGACGGAGAACGCCGCGGCGGAGCUCGGCCGGCACGGCAUCCGCGUGAACUGCGUCUCCCCCGCGGGGGUCGCCACGCCGCUGACCAUGAGGUACAUGGGCCUCGAAGCGGAGGCGUUCGAGCAGGCAAUGGAGGCCAUAUCAAACCUCAAGGGCGUGGGCGCCCUGCGAGCGGACGACGUCGCCGCCGCCGUGCUCUUCCUCGCCAGCGAUGACGCGCGGUACAUCAGCGGCCACAACCUGUUCGUCGACGGUGGCAUCUCUAUCGCGAACCCGUCCUUUGGAACGUCCAAAGACUGAGUGGGGCCCGUCGCAGUCACGUCGUACGUGCUUGGGUGAUUUGUCAUCUGUGGACCGAAGACUAGCUAGUCGUCGUUCUAGACUUCUAGUAGUGGGACACUGCACAGUAGAGUUUGGUCCGUGAAUCCAUGAUUGCCCUCGGCUUUGUAAGCUCCGCCCGUUACCCUUCAAUUUUCUAAACUAAAAAUAAAUGUACCUCCUUCAUCCGCUUUGUAUGGUUUAUUUUUAACAAAAAAGAGAUUGAACCUCUACUUUCUAACUAGAUUAAUUCUCA